AUGUUUGACACGAUUUGCACGCUGCCGCUCGAGUCGGACCUGUUCGCGCAGGCCGUCCAUCCGACUGAGGCGCUGGUGACGGUCGGACUGAGCAGCGGCCAUGCGGCCCAGCUCAAGCUGCCGCCCGUGGAGGACGACGCGGCUGCUGGGCAUGUGAAGACAAAGGGCCGGAGAGGCAGCAACGGCACCGAUGUGGUGGACACGACUUGGCGGACAAAGAGACACAAAGGCAGCUGCCGGUGUCUGGCCUACAGCACCGAUGGGAGGCAGCUCUAUUCGGCGGGCACCGAUGGCAUCGUCAAGGCGGCCGACAGCGAGACGGGCAGAGUCACUGGCAAGAUCGCCAUACCCAUUGACCCAUCCACAUCUCGGGACGGGGUCGAUGCGCCGACUGUAGUGCAUGCGCUGAGUCCACAGACUCUGCUGCUCUCUACCGACUCCGGCGCGUUGCAUCUUUGCGAUUUGCGCGACCCUGCACCGAGCAUCCCACUAUCCGACUCCAAGACUGCCUUCGCCAGCUCCAGACCUUCGCAGGUGUACCACCCACACGCCGACUACAUCUCCUCGCUAUGUCCAAUUCCACCGUCUGCAGCUUCCACCUCUGGAUACAGCAAGCAAUGGCUCACUACUGGAAGCACGACCUUGGCCUUGACCGACCUGCGACGAGGUGUGCUAGCGAAAAGUGAAGACCAAGAAGAACUGCUGCUGUCCUGUCUAUAUCUGACAGGCUUGCCCGCAAAGAAGAGCAGCGGCAGCACAGGCGAGAAGGCAGUGGUCGGAGCCGGCGACGGAGUCAUCACCCUGUGGGAGAAGGGCCAAUGGGACGAUCAAGACGAGCGCAUCACUGUCAGCCGGGAGAAGGAGACUUUGGACUGCAUGACCCACAUCCCAGAUGGCAUCGGUGCUUUCGGCAAGAAGGUCGCAGUGGGCAUGGGGGAUGGUCAAAUCCGCUUCGUGCACAUUGGCCCAAACAAAGUCGUUGGCGAAGUACAGCACGAUGAAGUGGAGGGCGUGGUGGCACUAAGCUUUGACGUUGGAGGAAGGAUGAUCUCCGGUGGUGGUCAGACCAUCAAAGUGUGGCAGGAGAGCAUCGAAGCCGAAGAGGCUGAAGAGGAUGAUGGCGAUGACGACGGUGCUGCGCUGAAGCGGUCUGCGAAAGAUAGCGAUGACAGCGAGCAGGAGGAUGAUGACGAUGAUAGUAGCGAUGAUGAGAGAUCUCGCAGACACAACAAGAAGAAGAAGCGCGGCAAGGGUCAACCUGUUACGGAGAGCAACUUCAACUUCGCUGGCCUGGAUUGA